AUGAGAAGUCAAGUGCAAAAGGUGUGUUUGUCUGUUUCAUCUGAUGGUGGUAAAAUGAUUUAUGGGCUUAUUCACAUAGAUCCUUUACAUGCUUGUGAUAUUUUUAUGAGAUUCUUAAGCAGAACAAAUAACAAUGUCUACCUACAAAUGCACAUCAAAAGUCAAACAAGAAGAAUAAAUUUAAGGGAGAAUUUACUUUUAAUUUUAAACUGA